CCUUGGAUGUGUUGAACAGUUUAUUAUGAACGAGGUCCAUGGGAACGACACAAAACUGCAUCUCAUUAUCUGGUCGUGGACAAAAGAAUGUAUCUAUCGACGGAAACCACUGUGAAACUAACAUCUGGUCGUUUCCUUUCUCGAGGAACUUCUGAUGUGACAGGUAUUUCUAAGGUACAGAAACAACAGAAGUAUUUGAAGGGCAAAUCAUCCAUCAUUAGAUUUGGAGAAAUGGUAUCAGGUGCAGAUCUUUUCUUGUGGCUGUAUUUGGUGUGUUUGCGACACAUCACUGCUUCACGUGACCAAGUCAAGUUCUCACUGACAGGAGGUCAUUCAGGGCAGGUAUUCUAUGACCAUCUACUGAACAGGAAGAUGGCAAAAACGGCGCUGGAUUGUGCCCGCAAGUGCACUGGUCUACAGGGCUGUGUGGGGUACAAGUUUUACCCUGUUAACGGCACGUGUGACAUGAGAUCUUUCCUCGUGGAACAAGGAGCAGCGACGGACCAGGGAUUCACAUCGUACACGCGAUACAUCGAGGUGUACAACAUCGCCAUUGGCAAGACAGCUUCUUUGAGUUCCACUGUCUACCCCCAAUAUUCUCCACCAAAAGCUUUGUCUGGAGGAUGUUCCUGGAGUGCAUACAGUACCAAUCCCUGGUGGAAGGUGGACCUUGGUCAACCCUACAACAUCUACACCAUUCAAGUAACCACCUCAGAGUUUUGUUGUGCCUCGGAUCCCAUUGCAACCCUGGAAGUGGCGCUGGGAAAUGGCUGUCCGCCGUCGACUGCCUGCCCGGACACUUGCACCAAAACAUGGGGGCUCCUUGCACCUAGCAGUGUUCAGGAGUUCUCCUGUGCAUCGUUGUCCGGAUCCUACCAGUACGUUGAACUGAGGGUACCUGGUGAAUCUAAGAGGUUGAAAGUAUGCGACGUCAAGGUCAUUGGCAAUUAAACACAAUUAUUAAAACAGAGAUUACUGGCGUUAGAAUGCAUAUAUCCAUCAAGAUUCUGUCCUUUUACAUUAUAUUAAAAUUGCGCUUGUCGGCUAAACCUCUCGUACCCAUAGUAUCAGUCAUUCAUACUCCAGUCAGUUGCAGACAUGUCGAUGUUGUAUAUCAGAACUAUUAGACUUUGGAGUACAAUGUUUUCAGAAAUGUUUUGUCAGCAGCUCCCGUCAACUUUCUUAUUUAAACUUUUUUCGAAAACAUGUCAUAUUUCAAUGUGCUUACUGUCAAGAUUUUUUUCUAGGAUGACUGGGUACAAUCUACUCUCACAAUUCUUUUGCUUAAUAAAGGUCAGGUUUCGAAUUUCCUAUUCGUACAACAUAAUUUUAGAAUAUGUUAAUUUCUUAAGAAAUUUCAUUGAUGUAACAAAGAGGAAACACCUACUUGACACUGAACCUUUGUAAUCACGAAGAAGCAAAAGUGGAUCGUGUCUCAAAUAUGUUUAUCAAUUGUAUUGUAGGUUUUUUAGAUACAUGUAUAUCUGUUCCCGAAA